CUCUCGAACAACUCUGCCUUCUCGCUCUUCGAUUAAAAACCGUUGUGAAAAUCAACAAUCCAGGAUUUACAAACCCAGAUUGGUCUUGUCUGAGAGUCGCAUGCGUGUCUUGUGUAAAUCACUGAACUUGUCCUGGCCUUUCUUGUCACCAUAUACCUGCUGUCAGCCCGACGCCCACCUCGAACGUUUUUCAGUCCUUUCACAUCAGACCACCAUGACAAAUCCCUCCGGAGCGGAAAGAGCGAGAUACCUACUCAAUGGUGUUCCGAAUCGUUUCUACGACUUCGCACACAUGGAUCAAAUAACCUUUGUCCAAUUGGCGGACUGGUUAACGGAAAACACCAAGUCGAACACACCGGAAAGUAUAAGCAUUGAAGAGAGUCUGUUUGUAUUUCUCGAUAUUGUUGCACAAGGGAAUAGUUUCAAGUCUACAGCAUACGGCUGGGAUCAUGAUGUGAAGCUCACUCAAAGUAUUUUCCUGGACAUCCUGAAUGCAUUGCAAGUCCUCCGGGAAAAAGAAGAGAUCUCCCCCUCGUGUCCGUCCUUCAAUACAACAAAAAGCCGGUGGCGGGUACUCAGGUCAUGGCGGCCUGGAAAAUCGAGAAUGGAUGGGUUGCUCAAAGUUGGUGACGAGAGUGGGGAUGGGCUGGAGGUCAACCAAGAAAUGUUGAUACAGGCAUUGACGGCGUUGAACAACUUUAUCCACGAGCAUAAGGAGUUUUAGCUGGAUACAUGGUUUGGAAUUGGUUCGGCGUACAUCAUUCAGAGUUUGCGUCGCAUUGGUGGACUGGCUUGGAUAGGUGGCAUCGGAUUUGGUACUGGAUUUAUGCUUCGAACGCUCCGCUGGUAUGGGAUUUCAGCAUCAUCAUUUUUUGGGUGGGUUCAUUACGACGGGAAAGGUUCGGGAGUCUCUGUGAUAUUUCAUUCAGUAAAUCCAACGCCUGCAUUUCAAC